UGAAGAAAGGGUCGAAUGAUUUGGGGGGACGAUCAGCAGCCAGGUGAAGGACCUCCGGCCGCGUCCCCUAGGCAAAGGAACUCCUAGAGUAGCGGCAGUUUCCUCCCAAAUGCAGCCGUAUCCAGCAUGCUCCAAGGCUACAGCACUGUGUUCCAGGCCUUGCUGGGGACCUUCUUCACCUGGGGAAUGACGGCAGCUGGGGCGGCUCUCGUGUUCGUGUUCUCUAGUGGACAGAGGCGGAUCUUAGAUGGAAGUCUUGGCUUUGCUGCAGGGGUCAUGUUAGCAGCCUCCUACUGGUCCCUCCUGGCCCCCGCGGUUGAGAUGGCCAUGUCCUCUGGGGGCUUUGGUGCCUUUGCCUUCUUCCCUGUGGCUGUUGGCUUCACCCUCGGAGCUGCAUUCGUCUACGUGGCCGACCUCCUGAUGCCUCAGCUGGGUGCGGCAGAAGACCCCCAGAUGGCCCUGGCACUGAACUUGGACCCUGCGUUGAUGAAGAAGUCUGAUGCUGAGGGUCCCAGUCUGCUCUUCCCUGAGAGUGAACUUUCCAUCCGGAUAGGUAGAGCUGGGCUUCUUUCAGACAAAAGUGAGAAUGGUGAGGCAUACCAGAGGAGGAAGGUGGUGGCCACCGGCCUUCCAGAGGGCCCUGCUGUCCCCAUGCCUUCUCCAGGGAACCUGGCUCCUCGCAGUGACAGCAGCUGGAGGAGGAUCGCGCUGCUCAUCUUGGCCAUCACCAUACACAACAUCCCAGAGGGGCUUGCCGUCGGAGUGGGGUUUGGAGCUGUAGAAAAGACGGCGUCCGCCACCUUUGAGAGUGCCAGGAACUUAGCCAUUGGAAUUGGGAUCCAGAAUUUCCCAGAGGGCCUUGCUGUCAGCCUCCCCUUGCGAGGAGCUGGCUUCUCCACCUGGAGAGCCUUCUGGUACGGGCAGCUGAGCGGCAUGGUGGAGCCUCUGGCUGGCCUCUUCGGGGCCUUCGCCGUGGUUCUGGCUGAGCCCAUCCUGCCCUACGCUCUGGCCUUUGCUGCGGGCGCCAUGGUCUAUGUGGUCAUGGACGACAUCAUCCCCGAAGCUCAGAUCAGUGGCAACGGGAAGCUGGCGUCCUGGGCCUCCAUCCUAGGGUUCGUGGUGAUGAUGUCACUGGAUGUUGGCCUGGGCUAGUGCUGAGGUGCUGGAACCCCAGGAAAGGCCGCACGAGGACGCGGCGAUGCUUGGCCGCCAUGGGGUCACGGCCCCUCUUCCCACACGACAUUUUACUUUUUCUCCUGUUCAUCUCCUUGUCCCGAUUGACUGAUUACAUGACAAUUUUUACUUUUUUUAAAAGGGAGACAUAGGUUUUAUUUUUGGACUUCCAAGGUGUCACUGGAACAACAGAAUUUGGGCCACUGGAUGGAGUCUCGCUCCAGUGGGAUUACGGUCCUGGGAAACCUCUGGGACCUUCAGUCUCCCUUGCCAGACGCAAUGGCAACCCCCCGAGGUCACCUGCAGAAGCAAGCUACCCCAGAGAAGUCUCCACAUUUCUGCCUCGCGGCUCAGGGCCGAAUGGUCAGGACAACUCUUGUCUGUCCCUCCUGACCUGGAACUGGAGCAUCAUGGACAAAGCCACCUACUGCUCUCCCAGGUCCCACCAGCCCCAGGAGGGGUAUACCUUCCUCUGCCUUCCUGAGGGAGACGCCGGGGG